UUUCCGGUGGGCAAACUGGAUAGCCAUGUUCCAAACCUAGCGCGGAAACACACGCUUAUUUUCGACUUAUAAGCAUGUAGGAAAAUAUAAUCGCUUCGUAUCGAAAUUACGCGUAAGCGUGACGUUGGACCGUAGAAACAUUAGUUGUGCUUCUACAACCUAAAUAUAACCACGCAAACCGGUCACCAGAGAGGAAUGGAGCUGUUGAAAUGUGUUCUAGCUGUUGGCUAUAUGUUAAUAUUAACUUAGUCUUAAAGUUUUAAUUAAGGUUUUGCUUUUAAUAUUAUGACAUAUCAAGCAUGUUAGUGAAUAAACAAGACUGAGCUCUUUUCUGACAUGUCAUGGAUAGGGAAACCUUUCAUAACUGCUGCAGUUUGGCCAAAAUGCCCAGGCAGAUCCAUCAACAGCACUGCUCCUCUCACUUCAUUGAGUACAUAGAGAGAGAAAUACCUUACUCUAAAUUCUUCAAGAACUACCUGAUUACAAAUCAACCAUGCAUGUUUUCCAAAAAGUUCACAGAAGAUUGGAACUGUAGAAAAAACUGGGUCACGAUUGAUGGAAAACCAAAUUUACAAAGACUUCUGCAUGAAUUUGAUGAGACUCCUGUUCCUGUUGCAAACUGCAGUGCAAAAGAAUACAAUUCCAACCCGAAGCAGAUCAUGCCUUUUAAGGAGUUUAUCCAGUACUGGAGGGAGUACAUACAGAAUGGGCAUUCUUCACCCAAAGGAUGUCUUUACUUAAAGGACUGGCAUAUGCAGAGGAACUUUCCUGAGCAUAAUACUUACAAGAACCCAAUUUACUUCUCCUCUGAUUGGCUGAAUGAAUAUUGGGACACAACUGAAGUAGAUGAUUAUCGUUUUGUCUACAUGGGACCUAAGGGGUCAUGGACACCCUUCCAUGCAGAUGUGUUUCGCUCUUACAGCUGGUCUGCCAAUAUCUGUGGACGUAAGAAAUGGCUCCUGUACCCUCCAGGCCAAGAGGAGUUCCUCCGGGACUGUCAUGGCAACUUGGCCUAUGAUGUAACAGCACUUGUACUUCAAGACAAAGGUCUGUAUGCACAGUUUGAAGAGGCCUGUCAGCCUUUAGAGAUCAUUCAAGAAGCUGGGGAGAUAAUCUUUGUACCUAGUGGUUGGCAUCAUCAAGUUUACAAUUUGGAGGAUACCAUUUCCAUUAAUCAUAACUGGCUGAAUGGCUGUAAUUUGGACACUACGUGGCAGUUCCUGCAAGAUGAACUUUCUUCUGUCCAGAGAGAAAUUGAGGAAUGGCGUGAUACGAUGGACACCUGGCAUCAGCAUUGUCAGGUGAUCAUGAAAUCAUGUACAGGAAUCGAUUAUGGGGAGUUUGCCUCUUUCCUUAAGACCAUUGCAUACAUUCGAAUAUCCUUUUUGAAUUCAUGUCCCAGAAAUGCAGAUAAUUGCCAAGACCUCCUUGCAGAAAGUCUGUGUGCAUUAGGCCCUCAUCAUGCAGCCUUUGACCUCCUGAGAGUAUUGCAUAUAUUUGAAAACAUGCUUAGCAAUGAAGACUUUAAGAGACUGGACCCUUCAGCUCUGAGCUUCAAACCUGAGGAACUACUUCAGGAGAUCAGAGAGGCUGUUCGCACAAUUGUAUAAAAACUAUACUGUAUAGGGAAGAUCUACUAUGGCAAAUCUUUUAAUAAAUUCUUUUAACAACA